ACCACCACCACCAGAGAGCCUGCAGAGCUAGAAAGGGAGAGAAGAGUUCCGAUGGCGGCAGCGAAUCUUUAUUCAACAGUGAAUCUCAAGUUGUCUAACUCAUUUCACAAGAAUUCUACAAAUUUCAGACACAAACCAAUUUCAUCUCUGUUCGCUGAACCAACCAGAACUGCUUUCGAAAAAUCUGAAACGGGGAGAAGAAGAAGAAUUUUGAAAGCAUCAAUAUUAGAUGAAUUUGAGAUCGAACGAUUAAGUGUUAAAGAUUAUCUAGAAAGAUCAAUAGAUUUGAUAAAACCAGAUGGUGGUCCUCCUCGUUGGUUUUCACCUGUAGAGAGUAAUAGUAGUGGUGGUGGCGUUAGGUUUGAGGAUUCUCCGCUGCUUCUUUAUUUACCUGGUUUAGAUGGGGUGGGGUUAGGACUAAUAAUGCAUCAUCAGAGAUUGGGGAAGAUGUUUGAUGUAUGGUGCUUGCAUAUUCCGGUUAUGGAUAGGACACCAUUUGAAGAUCAUGUGCAGCUUGUAGAAAGAACAAUCAAAUCGGAGAACGCAAGUGCACCAUAUAGACCUAUAUAUCUUGUUGGAGAAUCUCUUGGCGGAUGUCUUGCACUAGCAGUUGCAGCCCGUAAUCCGGAUAUCGAUCUUAUGGUAAUAUUGGCUAAUCCAGCUACAUCCUUCAACAAGUCGCCAAUGCAGCCUAUUUUACCUCUGCUGGAAGUCAUACCAGAGCAACUGCACGCCGGCCUACCGUAUUUUCUAGGUUUUGUUACAGGUGAUCCCUUCAAGAUGGCAAUGGCUGUUGUGGAGAAAGGACUUCCUCUUCAACAAGCAGUUGGAGAACUAUCAGAAAGUGUUGUUGCAAUGUUACCAUCCCUUUCUGUUCUUGCUGAUAUUUUACCUAGAGAAUCACUUCUAUGGAAGCUCCAAAUGCUUAGAUCUGCUUCUUCCUUUGCCAACUCUCGUCUUCAUGCUGUUAAAGCAGAAGUGCUGGUUCUUGCCAGUGGGAAAGAUCAGUUGAUACCUAGUCAAGAGGAAGCUGAGAGACUUUUUCACAUGCUUCCAGCAUGCCAAAUUCGUAACUUCGCAGAAAGUGGACACACCCUUUUCAUGGAAGAUGGAUUUGAUUUGGUUACAGUCAUUAAGGGUGCUGGUUUCUAUCGCCGUACGAAGAAGCUUGAUUAUGUCUCAGAUUUUAUGCAUCCAAACCAGUCUGAGGUCACAAAAAUGUAUGAUUCAUACAGAUGGGUUGAUGUGGCCGCUAAUCCUGUGAUGCUGUCAACAUUGGAAAAUGGAGAAGUUGUUAAGGGUCUUGGAGGUAUUCCCAGUGAUGGACCAGUUGUGUAUGUUGGCUAUCACAUGUUACUUGGGUUAGAAUUGGGUCCUCUUGUAUCCAGAUUCUUGGCCGAGAAGAAUAUUCUGUUGAGAGGGAUUGCUCAUCCAAUGAUGUUUGCAAAAAUUUGGGAACGAAGUUUACCAGAUUCGUCAUCGUUCGACGUAUACAGGAUUAUGGGAGGAGUUCCAGUUUCAGCAAAUAACUUCUAUCGACUCCUCUCUAAGAAAUCUCAUGUUCUACUCUACCCAGGAGGGGUACGUGAAGCUCUGCACAGAAAGGGUGAAGCGUACAAGUUAUUCUGGCCGUCACAAUCUGAAUUUGUCAGGAUGGCUGCUAACUUUGGGGCAAAAAUUGUGCCCUUCGGUGUCGUUGGAGAAGAUGAUUUAUUUGAUGUGGUUUUUGAUUACGAUGACUACAUGAAGUUUCCUUGGUCCAAGGCAUGGGUUGAAGAUCUUAACAAUGGACGUGUUAGGAAACUGAGGAAUGAAGCUAAAGGAGAGGUUACAGAAGAAGACCUCCACUUUCCUGGGAUACUUCCGAAAAUUCCAGGACGAUUUUACUUCUUGUUUGGAAAGCUGAUUGAAACUGAAGGGAGAAAUGAGGAGCUAAGGGACAAGGAAAAGGCUCAUGAGUUGUACUUACAUGUCAAAUCUGAAGUCGAACGACAAAUCGAGUAUUUGAAGGAUAAAAGAGAAAAUGAUCCAUACAGAACUUUGUUAUCCAGGCUAAUUUAUCAAGCCAGUCAUGGAUUUACAUCCGAAAUUCCGACGUUUGAAGUUUGAUCACCCACACUCUAAUGAAGUUGAGACUGUUCACUAAAUCUGUAACAUAAAAGCGAGGAGAAUCUCUCCAUGAAAUAAAUGGAAAUUAGAGUUGCUAUCUUAGUGAUCAUCGUUAGAGUUCAUGAUCCUUGGAUGGGGUUCAGAACUAAUAUUUAUCCAUCUAUAUGCCUCAAAUUUUUGAUA